GAGUUCGAAGUGCCAAAGAUCAUGCGCGUGCAAGAGAUCAUCCAGAAGAUGGAAGAGGGCGAAGACAUGAGAUGCUGGAACUUCGAUUCCGAGUUCGACCCGAUGGCGUUCCAAGUCCUCUGCCACACGCUGCGUCAGGCCGCCUACAACGAUAUCGAGGCGAUUCGCUUGUGGAAGUGUGGCGAUGGGGACAAGGCGGUCCGCAGCGUGUGCUACUACCUUGAUGGGCAGACCGGUGAGCAGGGCGUGAAGGACCUCCACUUCACCGACAACGGCGUUACCGAGCUGGGCUGCGAAUUUCUCGGCCGAACGCUAGGGCCAAAUGGAAACAAGCUCGUGAACCUGCUCCGGCUGGACUAUAAUCAG